AGGCAACCCACCCCCAGAUGUGUAAUUGAAAGGUGAUGUGCUUGCAAUGAGAUUUUCGGGAUCUGCUCAGCAGAGCCCCAUCAUGUGAUGCUGGGAUGAGGUGGAGUUCGGCUUUAAGGGGGAGUCUCCAGCCUUCCCCACCAAUCUUUAGCAUCUCAGCUGGAGGAACACCGGAGGAUCUUUUCCCUUCCCCUAUUCCUUCUCCUCCCUGCAGCCCCCGAGAAGAUCGCGGAUAGGCGGAGUUGUUACAAGGUCUUGCCAUGGAGAUGCGGCAUCGAGGAGUGGGCUCUGCUGAGGAGCUCCUCGUGGGCUGACUGACAUAUAUUGAAGGUCAGGAGUGGUUUGGAUGAGACCUGUGGCAGCUGAGAAUAUUAAACAGCGAGCUGGAGGAAAAAAAAAAAACCAAACAACAUGAAUGCUUCGUUUCUUGAUCCUCUGGAAAAUAAUUCCAGACACUUGAACUUCUCGGAGAAGAACUCGCAACUCUUGCAGUUUGAAGAUGAGGACUGCCACGUGCCUUUGGCCAUGGUCUUCACCUUGGCCUUGGCUUACGGGACCGUGAUAAUUCUGGGAGUCUCUGGGAACCUGGCCCUGAUCGUCAUCAUUUUGAAACAAAAGGAAAUGCGCAAUGUUACUAACAUCCUCAUUGUCAACCUGUCCUUUUCUGACCUUCUAGUGACCAUCAUGUGUCUUCCCUUUACCUUUGUGUAUACUUUAAUGGACCACUGGAUUUUUGGGGAGGCCAUGUGCAAAUUGAACCCUUUCGUGCAAUGUGCCUCAAUCACCGUCUCGGUCUUUUCUUUAGUUCUGAUUGCUAUCGAACGCCAUCAGCUGAUCAUCAACCCCCGUGGCUGGAGGCCAAACAACAGGCAUGCCUACAUGGGGAUUGCUGCCAUAUGGGUUUUGGCCACGGCUUCCUCCUUGCCUUUCCUGAUCUACCACGUGCUGACAGACGAGCCCUUCAGAAACAUCACAUUUGAUGAAUAUAAGGACAAAUACGUGUGCCUGGACCUCUUCCCCUUGGACACUGCCAGGCUUUCUUAUACCACCACUCUUCUGGUGAUUCAGUACUUUGGACCGCUUUGUUUUAUAUUUAUUUGCUACUUAAAGAUAUACUUUCGCUUGAAAAAAAGGAGCAACAUGAUGGACAAGAUGAGAGACAGUAAGUACAGGUCCUCCGAAACCAAAAGGAUCAACAUCAUGCUGAUCUCGAUCGUGGUUGCCUUUGCAGUUUGCUGGCUUCCUCUCACCAUUUUCAAUAUCGUGUUUGAUUGGAACCAUGAAAUUCUGCCCGUUGCUACCUGCAGCCACAAUCUGCUGUUCUUGAUCUGCCACCUCACUGCCAUGAUCUCCACCUGCGUGAACCCUAUUUUCUACGGGUUUCUCAACAAGAACUUCCAGAGGGACCUGCAGUUUUUAUUUCACUUCUGCCACUUCCGCUCCCGUGAGGAAGAUUAUGAGACUAUAGCCAUGUCCACCAUGCACACAGACGUCUCAAAAACCUCUCUAAAGCAGGCAAGCCCAGUCGCAUUUAAAAAAAUAAAUAGCGAUGAUGAUGACAAAAUAUAAAGAAGUAAUAAUAAUUCUACACCAAACCUUUGAAAGUUCACCCGCAGGUGAAAUGUGCCCAAGGACAAGCAGAAUUAUGUAACAAGUACAAAAUGGGUAACGCUUUUCUUCUUUUUCCAAGGAACUUUGAUUGUUGUCACUUUGAAAUUUUAUGCUGUGCAUUUUUGCCCCUUACGCUGCUUUAAUGUUCACAGCAGUUAUAUCUGAAUCUUAUUAUUAAAAAGUAGCUGGACUUGCUACUGCCUAUGGUUUUCA